UUUGGGCAGGACCUUUGUUGAGGUCAGGCAUGUGUACAGAAGUGUUCAAGUUUGAUGUGUCAUCUUCUGCUAGCGAUAUAUCUAUGGAAGAAAACCAGAAUGGCACGCGCCUCCACAGAAAUAGAAGGACCCUCAAUGACCUUCCAGCUUCCCCUUCUAGACCCUCUCACAGCAUUUCUGAAGAACAAACUGGAACAAAUGGAAAACAAGAGAACAAGUCACUUUCGUCCAUGGUAGUAUCUGUUCUGGUUGAUGGUGAUGGCGUCAUAGGUCCGAAGUCGGUCUCUCGGAUAUUCGUUGUUGUGCUUAUUGAUAGUGUCAAAUAUGUAACCUAUUCUUGCAUGCUUCCGUUUAAAGGAUCUGCUCCUCUAGUGAAUGCCCCUGAAGAUGGAGCGUUCAUAUAGCA